UGGGGGGGUUGAUUUUGGAAAAAAAGGGUUUUUGACUCCACUCUAUAGAGAAAAAAUUGACUUCCAAAAAAAAAACAUCUCAAAAAUCCUUAGCAAAUUGAAAUAUUUUUCGCUUGGCUAAAAACCGUAGCAAAUCUGAAGAUUUUCUCUCAUAAAAACAAAUAAAAUCUAAAAAAGAAGCUCUUCCAAAAUCCCUGCCAAAGAAAUUAGCGAAAAAUGUUUCGAAUCGAAAUCACCCCUUCGCACAUUACUGAUAUACAAGGUUUAUAUAAUAAUUUUUCGUUUACUCUUUUUCAUACGUAGCUUCGGAAGUUGACAAACCAAAAGGGCUAGUUUUCAAUACUUCGAAAUUUUUAAGGGGACAGUUUCGUCUCAUUGCAAAUGUAAAGAGCAUGUUAUAUUGCUCAAAAGUGCAAUUUUUCGAAGGGCCAAUUUCAAAUCCGUUUUUCAACGAGUGGCUAAUCGGACCUUUUGAACCCCUAGCAAAUAGAGGAGUAAAAAUGAAUCGAAAUUUGUGGCAAAAAUUAAAAUGCACUCAAGGCGAAUUACAAUUGAAAGCAACGCUCACAGGCGGACAAAGUUUUCGAUGGAAAAUCGGAAGUCUGCCAGACGACAAUUUCACCGAUGAAUCUUACAUCGGCGUGAUGUCCAAUUGUGUUUGGCAAUUGCGACAAAUGAAUGAUCAUCUAUUGUACCGCGUUUUGGGUGAAUUAAAAACCGACUCACCGAAUUACUACCAUCAAAUUCGAAUGAAAAUCCCAAUUCCAGUGGUCAAGAAAAAGAAUGUAAAGAAUCUUUUCCAUAGUAUCGACUACUAUGAAUCAUUGCUAAAGGCAUAUUUUCGAUUGGAUACUGAUCUGAGUGAAUGUUAUGCCGAAUGGUCAUCGGCACACCAACAUUUCAAAACUGAGUCAAAUAAGUUUUAUGCGAUUCGUCAGCUCAAUCAAGAUCCCGUUGAAAACUUAUUUUCAUUCAUUUGUAGUCAAAACAAUCACAUUUCACGCAUUUCGAGUUUGGUUGAAAAAUUGUGCAAAAAUUAUGGACCAAAAAUAUGUGAUCUGAAUGGUGUUGCCUAUCAUGCAUUUCCAAAUUUUGAUGAAUUGACUGAUCCAAAGGUGGAACAAGAGCUACGAAAUGAAUCAUUCGGUUAUCGGGCAAAGUUUAUUCAACGUGCCGCUGUUGAAAUCAAAGAAAGAGGCGGUUUGGAAUGGUUUCAAAAAGUACAAGAUAUGUCUUAUAAAGAUGCACACGCAGAACUGAUGAAAUUGACUGGCAUUGGACCAAAGGUGGCCGAUUGCAUUUGUUUGAUGUCAUUGAACCAUUUGGAAGCUAUUCCCGUUGACACCCACAUUUUGAACAUUGCCACCGAACAUUAUUUGCCCAAAGGACGCGAAAUUAAAUCGAUGACACCAAAAUUAUACAAUGAAAUCGGUAAUGCUUUUCGAGAAGUGUACGGACCGCUAAGUGGAUGGGCACAGACCAUUUUAUUUUGCGCCGAUUUGGUUAAAUUCAAAGACAACGAAUCAAAGGAAAAUGGAUGCUCAACGAAUAAGAAAAGAAAGAAGAAAUAGAAUACUUUGUUUUGUAGAACAUUCGUUUUAUUUCAAAUUCAAGUGAUAGAAAAAACUUUCCAUGACAUUUCAAAUAAAUCAAUGUUGCUAAGCGACACAAAA